AUGAGUCACCGGAAGUUUGAGGCUCCCCGCCAUGGCUCCCUGGCUUUCCUGCCACGGAAGCGUGCUGCCCGCCACCGCGGCAAGGUCAAGUCCUUCCCCAAGGAUGACCCCAAGAAGCCCGUCCACCUGACGGCCGCCAUGGGCUACAAGGCUGGCAUGACGACCAUCGUUCGUGACCUCGACCGACCCGGUGCCAAGGCGAACAAGAAGGAGGUUGUCGAGGCCGUCACGAUCGUCGAUACGCCACCUAUGAUCGUUGUUGGUCUUGUUGGCUACAUCGAGACUCCCCGUGGUCUCCGAUCCCUCACCACCGUCUGGGCCGAGCACUUGAGCGACGAGGUCAAGCGUCGCUUCUACAAGAACUGGUACAAGAGCAAGAAGAAGGCCUUCACCAAGUACGCCAAGAAGCACUCGGAGAGUAGCGGCUCCUCCAUCACCCGCGAGCUCGAGCGCAUCAAGAAGUACUGCACCGUCGUCCGUGUUCUCUCCCACACCCAGAUCCGCAAGACGCCUCUCAAGCAGAAGAAGGCCCACCUUAUGGAGAUUCAGAUCAACGGUGGAUCCGUCGCCGACAAGGUCGAGUUCGGCCACGGCCUCUUCGAGAAGCCCGUCUCUAUCGACUCCGUCUUCGAGCAGGAUGAGAUGAUCGACGUCAUCGCCGUCACCAAGGGUCACGGCUUCAACGGUGUCACCGCUCGUUGGGGCACCAAGAAGCUUCCCCGCAAGACGCACAAGGGUCUCCGAAAGGUUGCCUGUAUCGGUGCUUGGCAUCCGUCCCACGUCCAGUGGACUGUUGCCCGUGCCGGUCAGAUGGGUUAUCACCACCGUACCUCGGUCAACCACAAGGUGUACCGCAUUGGCAAGGGCGACGCCGAGGACAACGCCUCCACCGAGAUCGACGUCACCAAGAAGAAGAUCACGCCUCUGGGUGGCUUCGUCCGAUAUGGUGAGGUCAACAACGACUUCGUCAUGGUCAAGGGUUCCAUUCCCGGUGUCAAGAAGCGCGUCAUGACGCUGCGCAAGUCCAUGUUCACCCACACCUCCCGCAAGGCUCUGGAGAAGAUCAGCCUGAAGUGGAUCGACACCUCGUCCGAGUUCGGCCACGGCGCUUUCCAGACGCCCGCGGAGAAGAAGCAGUACCAGGGUACCCUCAAGAAGGACCUCGCUUCCGCAUAA